UUUCGAACGAGCCUCUAUCUCGCUCUCGCGCGAAAGUUGUGUGAAAAUAAGUAUUAUUUUUCAUGUUUGUACUAUUCAAUUAGUAACAAUACAUCUUCUAAAAUGGAUGAAAUAGAAUCAAGCCCUGCGGUGGAUCUCAAAUCCAAGUCAGGAGAGUCUGUGAAAGCCGGAGGAUCUGGAAAAUCGGCAUCCUAUGAAAUGCCAUGGGUUGAGAAGUAUCGUCCCACAAGCCUGUCUGAUGUCGUUGGAAACGAGGAGACAGUUUCUAGAUUAGAAGUCUUUUCCAGAGAAGGCAAUGUUCCUAAUGUCAUUAUUGCUGGACCCCCUGGAACUGGUAAGACUACAAGUAUUCUGUGUUUGGCCAGGACCAUGCUCGGAGCAUCAUUCAAAGAUGCUGUCCUAGAAAUGAAUGCAUCAAAUGAAAGAGGAAUUGAUGUCGUGAGGAACAAGAUCAAGAUGUUUGCCCAGAAGAAAGUAACCUUACCCAAAGGAAGACAUAAGAUCAUCAUUCUAGAUGAAGCAGACAGUAUGACAGGUGCAGCUCAGCAGGCCAUGCGUAGAACAAUGGAGGUCUUCUCAAAGACGACACGCUUUGCUCUCGCUUGUAAUGCCUCGGACAAGAUCAUAGAACCCAUCCAGUCACGAUGUGCAGUACUGAGGUAUUCCCGACUUAGCGACUCACAAAUAUUGAAGCGAUUACUUGAGAUUUGUGCUGCAGAGAAUGUUGAUCAUGCUGAGGAUGGUUUAGAAGCUAUCAUCUACACAGCACAGGGUGACAUGAGACAAGCCAUCAAUAACUUGCAGUCAACAUAUGCAGGCUUUGGAUCAAUCACCAGUGAAAAUGUCUUCAAGGUCUGUGAUGAGCCCCACCCUCAGCUGAUCAAGUCUAUGUUAGACCACUGCGUAGAGGCGGACAUUGAUAAGGCCUAUGAGAUCAUGCAUCACAUGUCACACAUGGGCUACUCUGCUGAUGACAUCAUCACUAACAUCUUCCGUUCCUGUAAGACACAUCAGAUGGCUGAAUACGUCAAGCUAGAGUUUAUCAAGGAAAUUGGAAUGACACACAUGAGGAUCGCAGAGGGAGUAAACUCAAUUCUUCAACUCUCCGGUCUCCUAGCAAGGCUGUGCCAGAAAACAGCUGCCCCCUCUGACAAAGCGUGAUUGCUCCAUCACCAAUCACAGGAUAUUUGCAUCAAAAGGAUGAGCUAUGAAACUGUCUCCUAUAAGAAAAAGGACUAUCAUGCAGAAAUACAUGAAACGUGUUUUCCUUCAUAAGUUACAUUUCCCUGAUGCACUUGAAUUGUUACCCAUGGUAUUAUGGGUAAUCAUAAAAAAAACAGGGGCCUCUUGUAUAAAGUGGACUUUGCAUUUAAACGUAAAUCCCAUAUACCCAUUCCCAACUGGUUGAAAACAAAGUUACAUAGAUUUUUUAAAUUCCUUUUUCAAGAGGCCCCAGGUAUGGAAAGUUUGAAACUAGAACAAAUAUGGAGAAUAUGAAUAGACCAUGUGAUGUUUGAAGCAAGAUAUGUUUCAGUUGUCAUGGAUGUUCUGAGAACAUUAUCUUAUGAUAAUGACUUGUUCUAUUGAUAUCUGAUCAUACUGCUCCUGAAAGCUGCAAGCUUUGAACUCUGACCUAGGCAUUGAUGAUGGUAGUGGCCAUCCUCAACAUUCUUUCAUUAUACAUGGAAUUGGAUGAAACUGCUUCUAGAUGUAACUAAAUGGUGUAGCAUUAGGUGAUAUGUUGUCUUGCAGACCUUACCAAAUGUGUAACUUAUCCCAGAAAUAUGUGAUUUCAAGAUGUUACAUAUCUUCCUAACCUUACUGAAAAAAUGUACUUUGGUUGUGGUUAUUUUACCUGACUGCCAAGAAAGCAUAAAUGCUUGUAAGUAAGCAGCCAGAUGGCCGACGGAUUUAGGUCCUCUCCGAGGGACCUGGUAAUGAGGAUUAAUGCCUUACCAAAGGGCACUAGCGCAUUGGUUUUGAACCCGGGUCACCGGAUUACGAGACCAAUGCUCUACCGACAGAGCUUUCGCGCCUCCGUCUCAUACAUAUCUUGGAAUGCAGUAGCAUAUGUCAUAAUGUUUGCGUAUGUGUAUUAUCCAUGAAUCACUGACUUAGUAUGAUGUGCUGCAGGUCAAGAACUUCUAGAAAUUCUAGUUUUACCAACAACCAAAAAGAAAAUAGGGGACACAUGAGUUGUUUGUCAAGUUUAUAUAUAACCCUAUGUUCCAGAUGGAAGUCACACAAAAAAGUAUUUAAUCCUGCGAGGCUUAAGGCUGGGUAUUGUACGAUCAUAGUACGAUGAUCAUUAGGACCCAAUGGUAAACCAAAAUCAUUCUACUUGUUGGUCGUGUUUCAAAAGAAUAUUGUGCAUCAAAGGCAGUAUAGCUGGCCAGACUUUUGUACCAAAGCAUACAAUAUGUACAGACAAUAUCAUUGGAAGUCAUAAAUCAUGUUAUGUAUUAUAUUUUGUAAAUAAAUGCUUUACAAGGAGCACAAUAUCAAUUUUA